UGCUCACACUUCCUCCUCCACCCCUCUCCCUGUAACUGUCUCACCCUUCAAGUCCUUCCAAACUUGUAAUUUCCAAAACUCCGGCUGUUUAUCUCAUCAUCACCUUUUCCUCAGUGGCAAAGCCAUUUCCAGGCUAUCAUUAUUUGAUUGGUAGAGAGAUUGAUUAAUGGGGAACGUGGAUUACAACAAGUACCCUGCGGCGAAUGUGGAGCCGUCACGCCGGGUGGCAAUUCCGCCUGCGCAGCCGUUCGUCACGACGCUGAAGAACACCCUGAAGGAGACGUUCUUCCCGGACGACCCUCUCAGGCAGUUCAAGAAUCAACCUGCUUCAAGAAAACUAGUCCUGGGGAUCCAGUAUGUGUUCCCUAUCUUUGAGUGGGCCCCGCGCUACACUCUGGACUUUCUCAAGUCCGACCUCAUCUCCGGCAUCACUAUCGCCAGCCUCGCCAUCCCUCAGGGGAUCAGUUACGCCAAGCUCGCUAACUUGCCCCCUAUUCUCGGCCUCUAUUCGAGCUUUAUUCCACCACUGGUCUACGCCAUGAUGGGGAGCUCUAGAGAUUUGGCUGUGGGAACGGUGGCCGUGGCUUCACUUCUCACGGCUUCAAUGCUGGGAGCUGAGGUCAAUGCUACUGAGAAUCCCACUCUCUAUCUUCAUCUGGCUUUCACGGCCACCUUCUUCGCCGGAGUUUUCCAAGCUUUGUUGGGUUUGUUGAGGCUUGGGUUCAUCGUGGAUUUCUUAUCACAUGCAACCAUAGUAGGGUUCAUGGCGGGGGCAGCCACGGUGGUGUGUCUGCAACAACUCAAGGGUAUACUGGGUCUAGAACAUUUUACCAAGGGGACAGAUAUUGUGUCAGUUAUGCGCUCUGUCUUCAGCCAAACACAUGAGUGGAGAUGGGAAAGUGGGGUUUUGGGAUGUUGCUUUCUCUUCUUUCUCCUAAUAACCAGAUACUUGAGCCAGAAAAAACCCAAGUUCUUCUGGAUAUCGGCCAUGGCACCUCUGACGUCGGUGAUCUUGGGAAGCGUGCUUGUUUACUUCACCCAUGCUGAGAAACAUGGAGUUCAAGUGAUAGGAGAGUUGAAGAAGGGGAUAAACCCUAUGUCCUUCGGGGAUCUUGUGUUUGUAUCACCUUAUCUAUCAACGGCUUUCAAGACAGGCAUCAUCACCGGCAUCAUAGCUCUCGCCGAAGGAAUAGCAGUAGGCAGAAGCUUUUCAAUGUUCAAGAACUACCAUAUUGAUGGAAACAAAGAGAUGAUUGCUUUCGGAAUGAUGAACAUUGCCGGUUCAUGCACUUCUUGUUACCUUACUACAGGGCCCUUUUCAAGAUCAGCGGUGAACUACAAUGCAGGAUGCAAAACAGCAGUGUCCAACAUUGUGAUGGCAAUUGCAGUAAUGUUAACCUUGUUGUUCCUCACACCCUUGUUCCACUACACUCCCCUUGUAGUGCUUUCAGCUAUCAUCAUAGCUGCAAUGCUUGGUCUUAUAAAAUACGAGGAGGCAAUCCAUCUCUGGAAGGUUGACAAGUUUGAUUUCGUCGUUUGCAUGAGUGCAUAUGUUGGCGUUGUUUUUGGCAGUGUCGAAAUCGGCCUUGUGUUAGCGCUUGCGCUAUCAGUGAUGAGGGUACUGUUGUUUGUGGCAAGGCCCAAGACUUUCAUGCUUGGAAAUGUUCCAGAUUCCUUGGCUUAUAGAAGCAUGGAACAGUACACAAAUGCAAGCAAUAUUCCUGGAAUCCUCAUUCUUGAGAUUGAUGCUCCCAUUUACUUUGCUAAUUCCAACUACUUGAGAGAAAGGAUUACAAGGUGGAUUGAUGAAGAGGAAGAUAGAGUAAAAGAUUCAGGGGAAAGUAGUUUACAAUAUGUCAUAUUGAACAUGGCUGCUGUUGGUAACAUAGACACAAGUGGAUUAAGCAUGCUUGAUGAGGUCAAGAAGAUCAUUGAUAGAAGGGGUCUCAAGCUCGUAUUGGCGAACCCGGGAAGUGAGGUGAUGAAGAAGAUGAACAAGUCAGAUUUGAUUGAGAAAAUAGGUCAGGAGUGGAUUCAUUUGACUGUUGGAGAGGCUGUUGGAGCCUGCAAUUACAUGCUUCACACCACCAAAUCCCACCUAGUAAAAGAGAAAUCAGGGAAUUGGGAUAACGUAUGAUCGAGCUGAAAAAUGCAUGUAGACGAUAUGUGUAUCAGAAAUUGAGCUACAUAUAUGUAUGCGGCUCAUUGUAUCAAAGAGAAGUGAGUCUCAUUUAUAUGUCUGAUUCGGUCAAUGCUCUUAAGUCUCAGUUGGAAGCAUUCAUUUUUUCUACUUCCAACAUAUGUAUAAUGUAUAUCAUCUCUUAGUUAAUAUAUAAAUGCAAAUUGUCAUCUA